UCGCAUGUAAGGGAUUGCCCAACUGCCUGGUUAUAUAUUCAGCUUUCGUUGCCAAAGAAAAGGGGCGAAAGGGAGGAAGGCCUGCUUCACCUGGUUUCAGGUUCAUGUGUUGUGCGUGUUACCAAGAGUGUACGCGUCGUGUGAUUUCAGAAUGAGGAUGCUAUCAAGGUCUUGGAGAUCUGCGUCCCUCUUUCCUGUCAUCGUCUUUGCCUUGUUGUUCUCAACUUCAUUCGCAGGGAGACAGUGCAAUUUCUUGACGGAUCAAGAUGCCCUACGUCAUCAAGGAGAGGCAGCAGGGGCUGAACAGAAGGAAGCAGUAGUGCCACUGGUGCAUGGUCGGAUGCUCAAUGUCAAGACGAAUGAUUACGGCAGCUAUGACCCUUCCCCAACCACGGACAAGCCGCACUUCAAGCUCAUACCCAACUGAUCAAAUUACGUAUCGAGCUUGCCGCAAUGGAGUGGCCGAUGAGGAAUUUAGCUGCUUACAUAUGUGUGCCUGACGUAUAGAUAGAGAGGUAUUCCUAGGCUUGCUAAAAUUAUUAUAAUGACAUUUAGUACCUUUUUAUAGAUGUUGCUCGUGCUGUGUUCAGUAGCCACAAGGAGCUGUCAGUGUUCAUUCGGUUGAACUUGUCAUAUAUUGUACUUAAACCAUACAUAUAUGCAAGUAAGUUUUUCCCAUGGGCAGGGCAGUACUUGUUAUCCUUUCGAACAAAUAUUUUGGCUUGUGUUUGUAUGGAAUCUUAGAGAUUUCUUGACUUCA